GUCUGUUGCCAAAUCUCUACUCCAACCGGCCAUUACAUGAGAGCACAUCUUUGCCCUUCAAGCCUUAACUCGCCUUCUGCAGCUCCAUCGGUUCACCCACAGCCAAAACCCAGCAAGCGCUGCCGGUGAAAUGGCCAGGGCAUGGCGAUGGCUUAACGCAGUCCGCCGCUCGCUCAUCCGAUCCUCCUCCUGCACGUCGGCCGCCGACCUCGACGCUAUCAAGAACAACACCACCAUCUACAAUCCGAUGAUAGCGGAAGAAGGGGAUCCCGCCUCCGCCACCAGAAUUACUCAUGGCGAUAUCGUGGUGUACAAAGAAGAAGCUCCCUCGAGAGAGAACUCGGCGGCCAUCACAAUCCAAGCACACUUCAGGGGUCAUUUGGCGCGGCGGGCGUUCCGUGCACUGAAGAGCCUGGUGAGGCUGCAGGCGGUGGUGCGGGGGGCGUGCGUGAGGCGGCAGGCGCGAGUUGCCGUCCACUGCAUGCAGGCGCUGGUGCGGUUGCAGGUCCGGGUGCGAGCGAGGCAGCUUCGCGGCAGAUCUGGAGAGGUCGAGCGCCCGUAGCCGAGGGAUCGUUGAUGAGAAUGGAAGAUAGUGAGUGCUCGUCGAUGAUUGAUCUGAGAAAGCCUUUGAGAUCUGUAAUGUGUUAUUUGGACGGUUAGCGUUCUUGCAAUA